AUGUCAUGGAAUCCAUUCAAGUCACCGUCUCGGCCGGAAGCCAAGUGGUCCUGCGUCGGCCUCGCCUCGUCCUUUCCCGACCUCGGCCUCGAACAUGACGACUCGUCGCCUCCGCCACCCUGCCGCUCGACUCUCCGGGCCGGAGGCAAACUGUUCCAGAUGCCGAGCAUGGGCGAGCCUCCUCCCUCCGGGGUGCUGAGGAAGGUGGACGCCGACGACGACGCGGGUCUCCAGCACGAGCUUCUCGUCUUUCAAUACAAGGGCAAGUUUCACGCCGUCGACCAUCAAUGUCCGCACGAGGCCUUUCCCCUUUCGCACGGCGAGCUCUUCGACAUUGAGGACUUUGGAAUCGUCCUCAGCGCUGGUCUGACCUGCUCAAGGCACGGUUGGUCCUUUGACUUGUUCACCGGCAAGGCGGAUCGCGGCAGCUACGAGCUCAAGGUGUGGGAAGUUCAGCUGCGUGAACCUAGCGUCGCCCGACAGGAGCUGUCGACGGAAGAGACGAAAGGGGCCUUGCACGAUGCUGAUAAGGAGGUGUGGGUGAGAAGAAAACAAAAGGCGGGCUAG